AUGCAGAGAAUCAACUCUCAUCUCCAUGAAAAGAAGACUGUCCCAUAUGUGCUCAACCUGGACCCUGCGGUGCACUCAGUGCCCUUCGACAGCAACAUCGACAUCCGUGAUUCGAUCAACUACAAGGAAGUGAUGAAGCAGUACAACCUGGGUCCUAACGGAGGAAUCUUGACUUCAUUGAAUCUGUUCGCCACCAAGGUCGACCAAAUCAUCUCUCUCCUGGAGAAGCGUACAGCCCCGAACCCCGAAAAUCCCGCCGCAAAGCCAAUCGAACAUAUUUUGGUGGAUACGCCUGGUCAGAUCGAAGUUUUUGUCUGGAGUGCGUCCGGUAGCAUUCUUCUUGAGACGCUUGCAUCAUCCUUCCCCACGGUUAUUGCCUACGUUAUCGAUACACCCCGCGCGAGCUCCACCAGCACGUUUAUGAGUAACAUGCUCUACGCUUGCAGUAUCUUGUAUAAAACUAAACUUCCCAUGAUCUUGGUCUUCAACAAAACCGAUGUCAAGGAUGCUGAGUUUGCCAAGGAAUGGAUGACUGAUUUCGAUGCAUUCCAGCAGGCUUUGCGGCAGGAGGAAGAGUCCGGUGCAUUUGGAACUGAAGGCGGCGCCGGUGGCUUUGGCUCCGGUAGUGGAUAUAUGGGUUCUCUCUUGAACAGUAUGAGUUUGAUGCUGGAAGAGUUCUACCGUCACUUGAGCAUUGUCGGCGUCAGCUCGAUGACCGGCGACGGCGUUGAUGAAUUCUUCGAGGCUGUUGAGACCAAACGUCAAGAGUUCGAGCGCGACUACAAACCCGAAUUGGAGCGCAAGAAGAAGGAGCGGGAGGAGCAGAAGGAAUCCCAGCGCGAGCUUGAGCUUGGAAAGCUCAUGAAGGACAUGAGUGUCUCGGGGUCAAGCAGACAACCCCCCAAGCAAACUCGCGCGGAGCCCGAGACUGUCAGUGAAGCUGAAGAUGAAGAAGAUGAAAUCAUCAAGCGCGGUCUGGCAGAUGGCGAGGACGACAGCGACUACGAGGACUAUGUGGGUCCUGAUGCUGGCAACGAUGAGGGCCUCGCCCAGCGUUACAAAGAGGCACUUUCAGGCGGUCAGAGUGCUCCGUCAGACUCAGACAACAGCUUCACCAGAUACCUUCGUGCAAGCAAUAUGCAACAGUGA